UUAAAAAAAGAAACAUGAAGAAUUCAAGCUUUCGUUCGCAAUUCCUUACGACUUCGUCCUCUUUCGCCACACAUGAUGCACCCCCUGCUGCAGCUGCUGCUGCGCUUGCCUCUGUUGCACAUGUAACCUAGCUACUUACCAAGUUAUAGAUUAUGAAUUUUUUUUAUCAACUCAUUGACUAAGUGACUGAAUUGUUUAUAGAUGGCAACUAAUGUUGACAGUCUUGAAUCAAAGCUUUGGCCUGACUUUGUAACUAAAGCUUUUAUUGAUAUUAUGGUUGACGAAAUUACAAAAGGAAAUAUGCCAAAUGGUAUAUUUCAUGCUAGAACAUGGAACUCAAUGACUACUAGGUUGAAUUCUAUAACUAAUCGUUCCUUUAAAAUGGAUCAACUAAAGGAAAAAAUGCACCGACUACGAGCCAUGUAUCACGAGUUCUAUUCACUUUUGCAGAACACUGGAUUUGGGUGGAAUGUAGAAACCAACACUGUUACUGCAAGUGAAGAGGUCUGGCGAGAUUAUCUUCAGGUAUUAUUUAAUAAUCAAUGCUCAUUGAUUUGAUUAUGUUUGUUCAAUAAUUAUUACUAUUUUCAUUCCAUAAGCAAUAAAAAGCAGAACAAAUAUAUGAAUGGAAGGUUGAUAUGUUAUUAUGGCUGGUUUUGUGGCUGUUCUGGUGGGAAGUAUGGUGCAAAGAUGCAUCCUGAUAUGUAUUUUCUCCUUAAGAAUUUGCACGCAGCACAUAGAGAAUUGUAAGAGCUAGAUGAUGCCAUUUUUAUUUAAUUUCCUGCCUUUCAAAUACUAUAUUCAUUCAGAUCUUCACACUUCAUCAUAGGAUGAAACCUUUUAACUAUUUCUUUACAUUGAAACUUCU